GCAAUGCAAGCAAGGGAUCGUGCCUGGCUUGUGAGUGAGCUUUUGCUUUAUGUUGCCUUUGCUGUUAGCGAGGAGGACAUGGCAACAUAUAUCUAGCUACAAUCACCUUCAUUCCAUCCAUCGGCUUUUAUUGGAUCUUUCAUUCCAUCAGCUUAAUUCUUCCAUGGUUGGCUGGGCAAUUGAGCAUCUAUCUGGGAUAUCGAUCAACCAACUCAUCAUCUAAUCCAUUACUAGCUUCAUCAAGCUGACCUUGGAUCGUUCAAUUCAUUCCAGCGUCCAAUCUCUUCAUCUCUGAUCGAUCCUAGCAGAAACUAAAGGGAAUCGAUCGAAUGUGCACUGCACGUAGCAGGGGAUCGGAGAGGUCGUCUUUGAUGAUCAAAUAUGCUAGCUGAUUGAUCGACCCAUGCUCAUCAUGGGUUAAGUAGACGAGAAUCUGUCUGCGCGCACGUGUACUUCCUGUUGAUAUAAUUUGCUCCUCUUGUACAGUAGCAGAGGAGUUUCACCAUGCUUCCAGAUAUUAAGGGUAUCGACCCAAGAGAUGUUGUUGGUGCCCGAGAGGAAAUACUGAAUCUUAUUCAGAGGAACCUCAAGAACAACAUAAUCUACUUUGACGGGUGGGGUGGCUUUGGGGCAACCGCUGUUCUUAGAUCCAUAGCACAAGCACUUCCAUCUAUGAAAGAUCCUCCUCCAAAACUAUGCUUUGGCCGAACCAUUUACAUUGAUUGCUCAAGGUGGGAGAGUAGAAGAGUGAUGCAGAGAAAAAUUGCAGAGGAGCUGAGACUUGACAGGAAGACCAUGGCCCUGUUUGAGGAGCAGGACGAGGAGGAUGACUUCAACGGAGUGGAUCAUGCAUCUAGGGAUGUGAUACGACAAGUUUCAGUAAUGAUUCACCAUACCCUGAGGGAAACUAGAUUUUUGAUGAUUUUCAUUAAUGGAAGUACUGAUGAGGUCGCCCUAACUGAAUUUGGUAUUCUAGAGUAUGGCGGCAUGAUAAUAUGGACAUUUGGAAGAAGGUUCGUGACUAUGCAUGACAGUUGGACCCAUAAUAUUCCAACACUAGCAGAGAAUUUAAGACACACAGGCCUGUUCAUUUAUAACCGUUUUUUUCUUAUCCGUACCUUAUCAAACUCAGAGCUUAAUGCACUGUUUCUUCAAGAGGCUGCCAACAUAGUUGCUAGCUGUCCAUUUUUGAGGGACAUCAACUUAACAAUGAUCAUAGAUUGUUGUCGCUAUGCAUUUUUCCUGCGCCGCAAUCCUCGCAUCACCUUAUUUGGAUUGGAUUGGGCAGCUCAUGCUCCCAAUUUCUGGAUAUGCGAUGGGAUCAUUCCAGAAGGGGAUAGAGCUAGGGAGAUUAGCAAUGCUUUGGAUUCAGAAAUUACUUUUGAGGGUGAUGAUUCUCUGCUUGGUGAGGUGUUUGCUAAGAUGGCAGAACAUUCAGAGUCUUCUUAUCUGCUAGUUGAAGAUGAAGAUUACGGCAACAUUGACAAAUAUAAAAAGAGGCCUUACCGUUGGAUUUCUAUCACCUCAAAGAAUAAGGUACUUAAAGACAACAUGCAAACUAUACUGGCAACGGCAUCAUCAGUGUUCCUAUCGUUUGACAAGACUAGUAUUGCACCAAGGUUACCAAGUAGCUUGUUUAAACACUGCAACAAACUUGGUGUUCUAAUUCUCUCCUAUUGUGCCUUCAAUUUUGCAUCCCCUCCUUUCCUCCACUGCAAUACAUUAAGAUUUCUUGGGUUGGGCAACUGCACAAAUCAGAAUAAAAAUACAAGUGAACUUGAAGGAGGGGAUUGUAUCACCGAGUGGACAUUAUUUCUGCAUAGCCUGUGGGUGCUUGAUCUGCGUUACACGGACUGGGGUGAGAUCUUAUGUGAGCAAAAGAUAGGUCUUAUGGCUAAUCUCAUAGAGCUAAAUAUAGAAGGAGUUAGGUGCUGGCAGUACACAGGUCAAUUAUUGGAGAAAAGGCUACCUUACCUUCAAAGACUCCGGAUAAUCAAACCUACACAUCAGGAAGAACCAUCCAUGAACAACAACAACUCAUUGGUGGAUAAGAAACAGCUGGAAAUACUUGAUUUGUCUGGUAACAGUGACAUGAAAAUCCUGCCAGGAAGCUUAUCAGAGGCAAGCAAACUUCAAGUACUUGUUCUAGAUGGUUGCGAUGGGAUUGAGAAUGUUCUGUUGCACAACUCCUUGCUAAAGUCAUUCAGUUUUGAUGGCUAUGGACCAGCAUCCCAUUGGACAUCAACCGGCAAGAUACCUCCAAUGAGUUCUCGUCCAGAGUGUCGUCCAUCUGUUGUAGAUAAUAAGGAUGUCAGAGUCUCCAAGAUAUCUCUAGAAGGUUGCACAUUGUUGGAGGAUCUGUUCUUGCGUGGGCUACCCAAUCUAGAGGAGCUAGACCUUUCAGGAUGUGCGAUCAAGGUACUUGACUUUGGAUCGAUGGUGAUGGAUGUCCCGAGGCUCAAGCGUCUCUUCCUGCUUGGCUGUGAGAACCUUCGUGCAAUAAAUUGGGGCUCAGAUUAUGUGCAAGGACAACUGGAGUUGAUCUAUAUAGACACGCGGCCUGGGAGCAAGAGGGUACAUGGAUGUGCUCGGCCACUAUCCCUUGGUGCCCGACAGAAAUAUUUGCGGCCGCAGGUGCACGCAAUCUUUGUGGAUGCUAGGCUUGCUCGAUCCCUUUGUGCUCCCAUAUCUUGUGCGCCUUACAAUGGCUCCUUUUUCAACAUCAGCGUCACCUCUUCAGCUACAUGCAUGGAGACUAUUCAACCCGAAACAACAAUGAGCAAUGAGACGGUUGGAUCCAGUUGUCAUCAACGGCACUAUGAGAUAGCUGCUAGAGGCGUGUACUGUGACAUCUUUACUAAGGUUGGUAAUGAACCAACCCCAAUGCAGACCUUCCCCAAGGGCCCAACAGGACAAUUGGAUCACCAUAUUGAGAUUGGUGACGGAAGCCGUAGUGUGCACAGUGAGAUAGACGCAAAUCCUAAUGAAGAUAAUUUAGGUUCAUUGAUGACAGUGUAUACUACUGAAUCCCUGCAUGUGCAUGAUGUCCACACCUGCAGCAAUACUAUGCCUACAGGAUAUUGGGCAUCCCUCAGGUGGUGCCGCGUCGAGAGGUGCCCCAACUUGCACGUCGUCUUUCCUCCGGGUGCAAAGGAUUAUCAUGGUAACCUGGAGACCAUCUGGGCAUCAGAUCUCCUGAUGGCUCGUUGUGUAUGGAGCAAAGGUUCCAUCAACUAUUAUGCUAAUCGCUUCAGAAGCCUCCGGCACUUGCACCUGCGCUGCUGUCCAAGCCUCCAGUUCGGGCUUGCGAUGGGCACUCGCCCCUCCUUCCCGAGCCUGGAGACUCUCCACAUCAUCCACUGUGGCAAUCUCAUGCACAUCUUCGUACCGGCUGACAAGAGGUACAAGAUGUACCAGCACACAAGCAUCGAGUUCCCGAAGCUGACCACCAUCCACCUGCACGACCUCCCGGCGCUGCAGCAGAUAUGUGAGGCCGCUGCCGAGGUGCUAGCGCCUGCGCUGGAGACCGUCAAGAUCAGGGGAUGCUGGAGCCUGCGCCAACUGCCGGCCUUGAAGGGCCGCAAGGCAGGCAUGAGGAGGCCAGUCGUGGAGAUAGAGAAGGACGUGUGGGAUGCGUUGAAGUGGGACGGGGUGGACGCAGGGCACCACCCUUCCCUGUACGAGGCGCCGGUGCACUCGCGCUACUACAAGAGGCGCACGCUCAGGACCACUGUUCUCAGGUGAUGGAAACUCAUUCGAUCUGGAGAGUACGCAUCUGAUAUUGCUGCUAUGUCGUCGGUCGUUUCUGAGGAUCGAUGGAUGCUGUCUGCAACUGCAAGUUGAUCAGUUUGUUUGUUGUGUGAAAGGCCAGGGAAGGUACGGGGCUUCAGGGUAGCUCCUGCCUUUGAUGACUGGCUGGCCGAGUUGGCCAGCUGCUUCCGUUUGCAAUUCUCAGCGUGUGUUUGGUUUGAUUUUGAAAUAAGAAAGACGGCCAUUCGAGGCGCCUGGUUGGUGCCUGAUGCCUGCAUGCCGGCCUGGUGUUGUGUGCAGGCCUGGCCGUGAGGCAGCCACCUACUGUCUGGUUGUCUGUUUGUGUGUGUUUCAGCUUGCUGAACAAUGAGGUGUGUAGUGUGUGUGUGUUUCAGCCACCUCUCAGACAAGAUGCUUGUAAUAAGUAAGGCGCAUCAUCCGCACCUGUCUUGUCUUGUGCGAUUUGAUGGUUGCGCUCAUGGGAUUUGAUUGCUGCUUUGCUUGUUAUAUAUGUACCCAUCUAUAACUAUAAAUGUAUUGUGUUUAUGUGAUGAAA